AUGAACAGUAACAAAGUGAAGGUGUACAUCCUUCCUUUUGAGGAUGACAUAUGGGUGUUUGACUCUGCGGCCCAGCAGAGCGUCUUCCGCAAAUUUGCUCGAGUGAUUCAUGGAGUCGAUAGUGGAGGCUCAUGGAUUACCCAGUAUACUGUCAAUACAGCCAUCGAGAUUGUCUUUUCUAUACCUCCUGGUGACACUCAGUUACCUUACCCUGCCUUGUUUGCUUCUCCCACACCCAUGUCUGUGGACCCCCGUACACCUACUGCUAGAUUGACUCCUGCACCUGCACCAUUUCCUUUUAUGUCUCCCACUUCCCCACCUGUGCCAAUGGAGAGAGAUAUCCAUGUGGUGGAAUCCUCCAUUAGGUAUACCACCAUGCCCUCUUACAUGCAUCAUGCUCACCAAUCUACUUUGGUUCCACCUACUGGCACUCGUUCACCUCCUCGCACUGCUGGAUGGAUAGAAGAGGAUAGUGGAGAUUAUGUGUUCAUCCUUCCUUCUGAGGAUGACAUAUGGGUAUUUGAUUUCGUGGCUCAGCAGAGCGUCUUCCGCGGAUUUGCUCGAGUGAUUCAUGGAGUCGAUAGUGGAGGUUCAUGGAUUACCCAGUAUACUGCCGACACACCCAUUGAGAUAGUCUUUUCUGUACCUCCUGGUGACACUCAGUUACCUUACCCCGCCUUGUUUGCUUCUCCCACACCCAUGUCUGUAGACCCCCGUACACCUACUGCGAGAUCUACUCCUGCACUUGCACCAUUCUCUUUUAUGUCCCCCACUUCUCCACCCGUGCCAAUGGAGAGGGAUAUCCAUGUGGUGGAAUCCUCCAUUAGGUAUACCACCAUGCCCUCUUACAUGCAUCCUGCACACCCAUCUACUUUAGUUCCACCUGCUGCUACCCGUUCAUCCCCUCACCCUGCUGGAUGGAUAGAGGAUGAUAGUGGAGAUUCUGUGGCUGCGACUCCUAGUUCUGCUUCCCCGACAUCAUCUGAGGAGUCUGACCCUAUUGAGGAUUAUUCGCCUCUUGAUUGA